AUGGCAGAUUGUAAACCAGUCAGCACUCCAAUGGAAAUAGGCUGUAAAUUGACCAAAUCUGAUGACUCACCUGCAGUAAAUCAAUCUGAGUACAGGUCAAUGAUAGGAAGUCUAUUAUAUUUAACUACAUCUCGACCAGAUUUAAUGUUUGCAGUAUGUCUAGUCUCUCGCUUUCAAUCUGCACCUAAACAAUCUCAUUUGAAUGCUGUAAAACGAAUCUUUAGAUAUGUUCAAGGCACACUAGAUUAUGGUCUUUGGUAUCCCCGUAAUAAUGACUUCACUCUUGUUGGCUUCACUGAUUCUGAUUGGGCUGGUUGUCUAGAUGAUCGUAAAAGCACCAGUGGAGCUGCCUUUUUUCUUGGUGAUUGUCUUGUUGCUUGGCACAGUAAAAAGCAAGAUUGUGUCACUCUGUCCACCGCAGAGUCAGAAUAUAUAGCAGCCACUGUGUUGGCUAAUGAGUUUCAAUUAGUGUUUGUUCCUUCACAAGCCCAAGUUGCUGAUAUAUUUACAAAAGCUUUAUCUAAAGACACAUUUGAGAGGCUUUGCGAUCAAUUUUGGCCAGAUUUUGGUUUUGGGAUUAAGGCUAUACAGGUUUUGAUGUUACAGUUACUCUAUACAAUUUUUUUGUAUUCAGCUCAGAUUUUGGGACUCAGCGCAGUUUUUGGGUUUGGUGCUAUACAGGUUAUCAUUGCAUCACAGAUUUUGAUUAUGGCAUUUCCUUUUGGACAUAAGCUUAAUACUUCAGUGACAUACUCUUAUUAA